UCAAGCGCAACUUCAGCAGCGGGACCAUCCCGGGGACCCCAGGACCCAACGGUGAAGAUGGCGUGGAGCAGACGGCCAUCAAGGUGUCCCUCAAGUGCCCCAUCACCUUCCGGAGGAUUCAGCUCCCGGCCAGGGGCCACGACUGCCGGCACAUGGAGUCCUACCUGCAGCUCAACUGCGAGAGGGGGACGUGGCGGUGUCCUGUCUGCAAUAAGACAGCCCUGCUGGAGGGACUGGAGGUGGAUCAGUACAUGCUGGGCAUCCUGAUCUACAUCCAAAACUCGGAGCACGAGGAGAUCACCAUCGACCCCACCUGCAGCUGGAAACCCGUCCCAGUCAAACCUGAUGUCCACAUCAAGGAGGAGCCGGAGGGGCCAGCGCUGAAGCGGUGCCGGACUCUCAGUCCCACGCACAUGGUGCUGCCCAACAUCAUGGAGAUGAUUGCGGCUCUGGGGCCUGGCUCUGCGCCCUUCCCGGCACUGCCGCCACCGCCGGCGGGUGCUGCUGCUGACUACGGUGCUCCGGGUUCCAGCUUUCCGGGACCCGGGGGCUUCCCAGAGCCGUUCCCAUCUGUCACCCCUGGCACACCGACGCUGAGCGACUUCGCGCCAGGACCUCCCCCCAUUUCUUACCAGUCCGACAUCCCCGGUGGCCUCCUUGCCCCUGAGAAGCCCCCUGCACCCCCUCUCCCCGCGCAGGUCAGCUGGGCUGCGG